GAGGAGAGACCGUGUGUGCUGUGAAUGCCACAGAAAGGAUACGUAGAUCGACGGGCAGUCGUCUUGUUGUCUUUCUCCAGCGGAGACUUGUAUUCUGUGGCGAGUGUUGUAGUGAAGUGUCCAGCCCUGCAGUCGGUUUAGUGCUUUCUGGUUGCACAGGUGUGACGAGGUGUGCGGGCACGCUACAGUUGAAGUAUUGAAGUGUUGCUUAGUACUUUGUAAUUAUCUUAAUCAGGCGCGACCUGACGUAGGAGUGUCGUAUGAAUUUGUUGUCGUGUGAGGGUUCUGGUGGGCGCCGAAGAAGAUGAGUAAAAUGGCCGCUGUUGAGUUGUGUUGUCCGUUGUAAUUUUCUUCAGAUAUAUGAUAGUGGACUCGACCAGUUCUGCUGUGCAUUCUGCUGAGCACGGGAAGGUCAGUACACCGCGGACCACAUUUAACCGAGAACAGUUGGUUCCAGGUGGACUUGAUUUAUUGACGUGCCCUUAACUUGGGGUGCAGAAUAUUUUGAAAUAUCCGAGUAAUUAAAAAGACAAUGAAAACAGUGACUUCAUCUGCCGCGGUUGGUGCUGCUCCUGAGGCGAAAGCGGCCCAAAGUGCGUCUGCCAUGUUCAUUCUGAAAGAGCAAAAUGGGGGCGCAAACGGUACUGUGGGCCCCAAUUUGAAGUCAUAUACGUUGAAGAGAAAUGGCGUCAGGAACGGAGAGCAGGAGAACGAGCAUCGCGCACUGCAGCAGAAGUCGGCCACCAUGCCCGCCGUGGCCUCCGACUGCAAGAAGAAGAUCACUCUGUCCAAGAAGGGCAAGACAUUCUGCCAGAAUUGUAAGAAAAAGUGCUCGGGGGAGGUGUUGAGGGUGCAGGACAAGUAUUUUCACAUCAGCUGUUUCAAGUGUCAAGUGUGCAAGAAUUCGUUGGCCCAGGGUGGCUUCUUCUGUAAGGAUGGCAACUAUUACUGCACCUCUGACUAUCAGAACCAGUUCGGUACCAAAUGUGCUAUUUGUGGUGACUAUGUAGAGGGGGAGGUGGUGUCUGCACUUGGAAAUACCUACCACCAGAAGUGCUUUACAUGUGCCAGAUGCAGGCAGCCGUUCCCUUCUGGGCAGCGUGUUACAUACACAGGAAAGGAAGUUUUGUGCCAGAAGUGUGUUCAGAUUCCAGUGCGGGAAACACAGUCCCUUCAAGCAAGCCCAUCCAGUGCCAGUGGUCCAGAGUGUGCUGGAUGUCAGGAAGAGCUGAAGGAAGGACAGGCACUGAUUGCCUUAGAGAGACAGUGGCAUAUCUGGUGCUUCAAGUGUCGCACAUGCGACUCAGUUCUGCAUGGAGAAUACAUGGGGAAAGAUGGCAUUCCGUAUUGCGAGAAGGAUUACCAGAAGCAGUUUGGUGUGAAGUGUGCCUACUGUAGCCGAUACAUAUCAGGCAAGGUCCUGCAGGCUGGAGACAACCAUCACUUUCAUCCUACUUGUGCUCGGUGCACCAAAUGUGGUGAUCCAUUUGGCGAUGGCGAGGAAAUGUACCUACAGGGUACAGCCAUCUGGCAUCCCCGCUGUGGGCCUGGUCCAACAGAAAAUGGCACUGUGGUGAAUGGCCCACUGGAAAAUGGCCACUGCACAGAUGGGGAAUCUGGCAAGGAGAGUGGUCGUGAUUUUGACCAUAUGAGCAGCUCUGCUAGUGAAAUGCAGUUUUCUCUUCGUUCCCGCACGCCUAGUCUUAAUGGUUCAUUGUAUAGCCCAUGUAAUAGUUUGUCCAGAAAGUACUCCGGUGGUUAUCAGCGCACUGGUAGUCCCGGCCUCAUCCUGCGUGAGUACAAGAGCAACCAGUACCCAGAGGACAUCAGUCGCAUCUACACAUACAGCUACCUGACAGAAGAACCCACACAGGGAUACCUGAAGCGACCCAUUGACCCGUAUGACAAGCCCCCAACCUCACCGCACUUUCACAGACCUUCGUCUGCACACUCAAGGAGCAGUGGCAAGUUCACACUGAACAAGGCUGGUUCCAAGUCUGGCAUGAAGGUUCUUGUGGACAGCAUCAGGACAGAGACACCACGUCCCAGGUCUCCACACAUGAACAAUGAGGAGCCCAUUGAGCUGGCACACUUCCCAGCAGCCAAGCGACCCGGGCCAGGAGAGAAGCCAAAGAUAGAGAGGGAUGAUUUCCCUGCCCCACCAUACCCCUACACAGAUCCGGAACGGCGGAGGAGGUGGUCGGACACGUACAGAGGUGUUCCAGACUCUGACGAAGAGGAUGAGGUGGAUGGCAAGGAGAAGAAGGAGGAUAUGGAGAAAAUAGAAGACCGGAAACUCAAGAAAGAGGAGGAGGAAUUGAGUAAGAUUGCAACUGGUAUCGGAAAGGUGUUCCUGCAGAAUGUGCGUGAGCGCGAGAAACUGCGACAGUGGAAGUUGGCACAUCUUGAUCCUCGCAACGCAUCAAGAACCCCAUCUGCUGCACGUGAGCCCGCGUACCGUCUCCGCUAUGAGUCUCCAGUCAAUGCCUCUCCCUCUCGAAAUGUGGAUCAUCCUCGACCAUGGGAUGAUGAAGAGCUGAUGGAUCGGAGUUCUAGUUAUCGAUCUUCAGUGGGACGCUCUGUAGGGACCAUCCCAACUUACAAUGUUGUUAGCGCUCUGCGGCACGUGCCAAAACCAGGCUAUGGACUAGCACCACGCUCUCACACAUUCAGCAGUACGGGGGGCAGUGUUUCCAACAUUGGAGGUGAUUUCUCAUUCAGUGGCCUUGGUGACAAAACUCAUAGCACCGAGUUCAGCAGUGGGAAAUCUGACAUUUCAGCUGGAUCCAUUUCUGAGGUGGACAGGCGGGGAUUGAAUUCUGAUAUCCCUGUGUCGACUACAUUUGCGGGAGGACUCCGUUAUGCCGCCUCAUACAGCCCUCACUUCCGCCGAUCUUUGCCCAAUAUGGCCCAUUCUAUGUCUACUGAACCUGCCAAAAUCUACCCAUACCACCUGCUGCUCAUCACUAACUACAGAUUGCCUGCUGAUGUGGACAGACUCAACUUAGAGCGUCACCUCUCUGAUGCGGAGUUUGAGGCAUUGUUCCAAUGCAACCGAGUUGAGUUCUAUCGCUUGCCACAGUGGAGACGAAAUGACAUCAAGCGGCGGGCUCGUCUCUUCUAAUAGAACUGCCACACUCUGCUCGACCAAGUGACUGUACUGUGCUGCCAUCAUGUAGCAGUGUAUAUUCACUGAAGUAGAUACUCUUGCUUCGUAUAGCAGGUUAAAUGCUGAUAACAUAAUCUUUCAUGUGUAAUGCUAUUGAGAGCAGUGGGAUAUUAUUUUAACGUAUUUUACAUGUAUCUUCUUAAAUUAUACACUCGCAGGCGUUUUAUGAGUCCGCUACUAUACCCCCAUUAAAACAGUAUCUGCAUUCUAACAUAUGGAACUUGUUUUCAUGUUUCUUUGCUCUAAGGGAUGUAAUUUUGGGCUCCUUAACAUGUACGAUGGUGGCACAGAACAUGUUACGAGAUUGUUAUGCUGAAUACCUGUACUUCGUUAUAACAGUGCAGUAAACUGAACUCAGUGCCAUUGGUUCAUAAGUGCGGAAGAAUCCCAUAACAUCUCUUUUCGUCUUCUUUAUCAAAUAGAAUCUAUCAGAAUAUAGUGUGAAUAACUCAGCUUCAGACUUAAGUCAUGUAUAGUGUGGUGGCUUUGCUAUACCUGAUAAGUCCUCUGUACUCACCCCAUCAGAUGUCAUAAAGCUUUUAAUUGAUGAACACAGAAUUUUAGCAUGACUUGUAUUCAAGGAUAGUUAGCUGUAAUAUAGACUAAAUGAAGGCUUGGUUUUAAAAUGUCAUCUUUGAAUUGACUGAUCAGACGCUUUUGUGAUCGCUUUCCUUCUCCCACUGGAUGAGCAGCAGUUAAAUAUCUGUUGACUCAUUGCAGAGCCGAAGUUCCUAUCUGUGCUUUCAGCAAUUUUUAAACUGUUAUGAAUUAUAUAUGUUUGUAGCUUGCCUAUCAUCAUCUAUAGAAUCCUGACUUUACAUCAUUUGCCAAGUCUUAUGGCUCAGUGAAGUUUGAACAUAAAAUAAGUUUUCACCUGUCAGAUUUUACUCCACUCAUGAACAUUGUGAAUUCUAUUAAAGCUACUUUCUAGAUAUUUUAAGUAUUUGUUCUCAUUUUCAUUUAAGCAGGCUGUACUUGUCUUAUGUAGUGCAUUUGUAAUUUUUAAGUUUAUAUAUAUGUAUGUAUUGCUUGUGUCUCAGUCUGUCAUUGAUUGCGGCAUUUAUGAAUUUACAGUCUUUCCAAACGUUAUAUAAAAUGAUAGAAAUAUACAAGAAGGAAUGCAGAAUCUGACUUUUCUUCACAAUAUUAGGUUUCCUGCAGACAUACUGCAGGAAAAUUUAACAUGGAUGUGAUGUGUCCCCCUCCCCCCAAAUACAUGAAGCCAGAAAAACUCCCCAGUAACAGUGAAAAGUUUAAUUUUAUUUUACAGAUUCUUGCAAAAGUAAAAGUGACUGGCAGCAGUUCUUCCUGUGUCUCACAUCAUUCACAUGAUUACUUUAUGUUUCUACCUGCUUGUGAACGUGAAACAUGUCUGAAUAAGCAAGUGACUGCAUCACUUGAAGUGCCGAUUACGUUUACUUAAAAAAUUCCAGCUGUUUGUUUUUAGAACAAAUCUCCACAAGUUCACUGAGCUUGCCUCUGCCGGUGUGUCUGCGGGCACCAAGUCAUUGACCUGAAGUAGUUAUUCACAUUAUUUCUCUUGUGUGACAUGGACCUGGGCCAAAUUAAAAUUCCUUAAUCUGCAAGGGCACAAGUGAGGACCUGCAUGAGGCUCAGGUGUCAUUUGUGCUUAUUUUUAUUUGCUGUGUAUAUAGAAUGCUUAGCUUUUAUAUUUUCUGGUGGGACCUCAUUGUGCAGUGAGUGAAGUUGGGAAGGAGUCUCUAGCUAUAAAAAUUUGAGUGACUUGACAUCUUCAGUGAUUUCAUGCUGUAGUGUUUCAAAAAAUGGCUGGUGCAAUGUGUGAGAAAGCUCCUGUACAGAUUGUGAAUAGUCUCUUCAGGUGCCACUACUGCAUUUGUUCUACCAUAUUGUGCAGCUGCGUGAAUGGAGAGCAUUUUUAAUGCAGAUUUUAAAGCUUAUUUUUUACCUGUGUUUUUUGCUUUUAUGCAAGAAUAAUUUGUGAGUUAGUCCAUUGGGAGAGAGAUUCACAAUCGUUAAUGUUAAAUAAGGUCCUCGUUUUACUCCAGACUGUUAGAAUAAAUAGGUUUUCAAAAUGGAUGUAUUUCAACAUAUGAUAAUCAUAAGCUUUUGGUGCAUGUGUUGUAUAUAGACUUGUGUACCUUAUGAUUUGUACAGUUCAUGUAUAUUACUGCUGAAAGCAAUAACAACAGUGGUUAUUGUACCCCCA